AACACCAUUCACACCCAAAUGAGUCGUCUGCUGCUUGCAUGGUCGUUUUUCUUUAAAUGAAUCAGUAUCUGAAUUUACAUGAUCUGUAUUCAGCACAUUGAAGAAAGUUUCUGUGUCCUGGCUGAUUUCGCCCAAUGUCAGAACAUUGAAAAUGUUAAACUGAACCUAAACCACUUCUGCUGUUGCUGUUAGUGGUUUGAAUAAUUUUAUUCACAAUUCUGCUGAACGCUGCGGUUUGUGUUUCCCAGUUACCUCUGAGUUGAUUGACAAACUUGGUCUGCAACUGUGUGCUGGUUAAAUCGCUGCUUGAGCUUGGAGUGAGAUGGAGCAGCCCUGUUUUAAAGAGACGUCUUUGAAGUUUGGAGUUUUUCUUGUAUUCACUUUGAUUCUCUCAUUUGAUUCAUGCACUGCUCAAAGAGAAGUGAAAUUACAAGAAGGACCCCUAGUCCGGGCUGAGGGACACCAUAUAACAAUUCAAUGUACUGUGAGUGGGGAAAAGGAGUCUUCGGAACAGAACUUUGAGUGGUCCAUCUUUCGUCCAGCUGAGCCUACACUGAAAAUCCAGAUUAUCAGCACGGUUACUUCUGAUUUCUUUUACGCCAUCUAUGGAGAGAGAGUGCGGAAUAAUGAGAUUUACAUAGAGAGGGUGACAGCAAGCUCGGUGAUGUUACACAUUACAAAACUGCAGAAAAGUGAUGAAGGAGAGUAUGAGUGUUACACCCCCAACACAGCCAGUAUAUACUGGGGAUCCUACAAUGGCAAGAUGAACUUGACAGUUAUUCCUGACACACUCAGUGCAAUAUCAGUACCCCAGACCCUGGAUAGAGUCGAAGGUGAUACUUUGGAACUGACCUGUGAAGUAUCCAAACGCACAGAGCAGCACACACACGUGGCUGUCACAUGGUAUCUACAGAAAGGGAAUCAGAAUCUCCAGGUCAUCUCUCUAACACAAGAUUUCAUCCUACAUCCUGGACAGUCAUAUUCGCAGAGACAGGCAUCAGGAGAUGUACGACUUGAUAAGAUUGGAGCAACUUCAUUCAAACUCACCAUCUCCAAACUGCAGAUGUCAGACCAGGGAGAGUUUUAUUGUGAAGGCACAGAGUGGAUCCAAGAUUUAGACAAAUCCUGGUAUGGCCUGACUAAUAAACGUACUGAAAAGACCACAGUGAAUGUUAAAAGCAUAGGUAAUCAGUUUCAUGCUCUGAUUAAAGCCACUGCAGUCAAUAUUGCUGUAGGAGGCUCACUGGAAAUAGUCUGCACAGUUGAAGCUCAGAAUUUCGCAGAACGCUUCUUCUCUAUUGCCUGGUUUUUGAACAAAAAUGAAACAGUUCGUAUUGGACCAAAUGCAGUACCAUCCUUUCAUGGUGAAUAUAAAAUGAGAGCACAGCUGGGAAAGGUGAUGGUCAGUAAGAAAAGUGAUAGGGACUAUGUUCUGAAAAUUUAUCAGAUUCAAAUGCAGGAUGAUGGUACAUAUCACUGUCAAGUGGAAGAGACUGAGAAAGGUUCAACUGGAGCACUCUCUACCAACAAAUCCAAGGAAGUUGCAGUCACUAUUCAACAACCACAAACCAACCUUAAGGUGGUAAUCAACAGUAAUACUACUGAGGUGUUGGAAGGUGAUUUUCUUCAGUUUGCCUGUGACGUUCAUUCAGAAACAGCAGGCUAUGGUCGGCUCUCUAUUACCUGGCAGUUCAUAAACCAACAGAAUCAAAACAGUGAUAUCAUUGGAAUGGACCAAGAUGGUAUGCAGGUUACUUAUCAGCCCUACCAUGAGCGUGUCAUUAACAGUGAUGUCAGAAUAGCAAGAGUGAAAUCGGAUUCCUUCACGUUGGGUAUUUAUAAUGCCCUGACUUCAGAUCAGGGAAUGUAUGCUUGCAAAGUGAUGGAAUGGGAAACAGGAUCUAAUGGAAGGUGGCAGCUAGCCGGAGAGUAUGUCAGCAACAAUAAAGCUGUGACUAUCGAAUCCCUUGAAAGUAGCUUUGGGAUUAUUGCAAUGACCCGGACACCCACCGUGCAAUACUAUGGUACAUUUGAACUCCAGUGUGUCAUUACGCCUUCACGUCUUACCCAUGUGCCAGCAUCUGUAUCCUGGAAAUUUCAACCAGCCAAUUCUAAUGGCAGCUACCAGCUUGUCACUUUCACCCAUGACACUGCGAUUAAGUGGGGGGACAAGACAGAGAACUUCAAAGGAAAAAUGAUUGUAGUGAAAACUGUGACCAAUACUGUCCGGUUGAGUGUAUCUCGAGCCAGCAAGCUAGAAGCUGGGAAGUUUCUAUGUUUUGCAGAAUUGUGGGGAAGGAAUCAUUUAAACCAAUGGGUCAGGAAAGCCAGUGCAACAUCAAACAUCUUGCAAGUGAAGGUUAGACCCCCAGCAAGUCUCUUGAAGCUCACCAAGAAAGUUACAACAAUACAGAAAAGGAUCCGAGAUGUCACUGAACUUGAAUGUAAAAUUUUAGCUCGAACUCAAAAUGAUUCUCAAUUCUCAGUCACAUGGCUCUUCAGUAAGACACAGGGACCAAAUGUGAAAGGGGAAAAUCUUCUGAACAUCGAUCGCAAUAAUGUUAUCCAGUACUAUGGAGAAUUGUUCACUGACUCUCAGAAGAAAAUGAAAUUCCAGGCUAAGAAGCCCUCUAAUGAUAUGUACAAGCUGAUUAUACAGAAAACUGAUGUGAAUGACAGUGGAAGUUACUAUUGUCAUGUAAAGGAGUGGCUUUUGGAUCCCAACAACAUCUGGUAUAAAGUGGGAGAGAAUACGUCGGCAAUAACGGUUCUGCAGGUGCAUACAGCAGAUGUAAACCUACAACUCGGGAACAAUAACUUAACUAUAUCAAGCAGUGAGGAUGCUGUUGUUGAACUUGAAUGCCAUAUUAUCAACCAGACACAGACACAAUCACAAUUUUCAGUUACAUGGUCCUUCCAAAAUAAAGAGAGUCCAAAUGCUAAGGAGAGAGCGCUUCUCAAAACCGAUCAAAAUAAUGUCCUACAGUAUUAUGGAGAUUUGCUUACAGAUCCACAGAGAAAGAUGAAAUUCCAAAGUGUGAAGGCCUCCAGUAACACCUACAAGUUGAUAAUACAGAGGGCAGCAGUAAGUGACAGUGGUGUUUACUUUUGCAAUGUAGAGGAAUGGGUCUCGAGCCCCCAGAAUGAAUGGGUUAUACAAGGACAUGCUCGCUCUGGAUCAACAAUUCUUCAAGUCCAGUCACCAGUUGCCACUCUUCACUCAAAGGCCUGUGCCUCACCAUCUCUCUUCUACUUCAUAUUUGCCUACCCAUUUAUAGUCUUCAUAGCUCUGAUCACUAUUGUACUUUAUCUUUACCUGAGGCCAAAGAAACCGCAGAAACCUAAUAAUGAGAAGAGUCUUUGGACACCAAUAGAAACAUUCAUUGAUGAUACUAAGGGUGAAUAAGAAGACAAUGUAAUAUAGAAUUUUGUACUUCCUUAUUUUUGUAACUCUAUUGUUGCUAUAGGAACUGUCAUAAAUAGCAGCAAAAUAUCACUUGUGGUUAAGAAAAUAUUUACGCUGUAUCCCAGCCAGACAAAAAGUUAAAACAUAAAUGCAAUUUGAGGGCAUCCAUUCAUCUUGCACAUUAUAAUUUUUUAAAAAAUUAACAUUGGUAAACCUUGCCUAACAAGAAAUUUGUAAAUACGUUAUUCAGUCUUAUCACAAUAUGCUGAAAAGCUCAGUUUCUCUCCUGGUUCAAACAGCCCAAUUGUUUUGCUUCUUUAUUGCCAAUGCUUAAUAUUUGUGAACUUCCUUCUUGUACUUUUCAGUUCCUCAAUUCAAACCUAAAAUGUACAAUGCUUUUCAAUCUUUCAAUACUUUCCACAUUAUUGAAAUCCUUGCAGCCAUUGCUCCAAAUCCAGAGCACCAGGGAGUCAAAAAUAACAAAAUAAUCAAAGAGUUUUAGAUUCUAAAAAUCUAACAGAAAUCUAACACUUGGAGAGCAAUGUUUUAUAAUUGAAUUUUUGCCCAGGGUUGGGCUUGUCAAACAUGCUUAACUUAAUUGCUAAAUCAGCAGAGAAAAAGUUGGUGGAUGUUAUUCAGUAUCUACAAGGUGUAUGGUCAGACCACACCGUUUGUACAGUGGUCAGUUUUGUCACUGGGAUACAAUCGUUCAAACCCUUGAGAUGGUACAGAGAAGAGCCACAAAGCUGAGCCAUAGCGUGAGGCUGGAUUAACUUUUGUCAUUCAGCCUUGAAGGAGGUGGCUGAAAGGGACCCCACUGAAGUAUAUAAGAUAGUAAAAUGUAUUAUAAAGACACAAUGAGAGCACCAUGUUAGAUUAAAGCUUAACAACAAGCCCGGA